AUGACAAUUCACUCUGUACUAUACGGAUGGCAGCGGAAAUACCUACCUCAGCACACUUUGACAGUCCGACAAAGAUCCAUUAGACCCUUAUCGAAACCUCAACUUCGUCGUCUGAUUUACUUUUGCUUAACACUUCUGGUGUUAUACUGUCUUGCCUGGCAGAUACCUUCAAGAUAUCGUAAAUAUGCUCGACGGCAAGAUGAAUGGGUAGAUUAUGCUUUCAGCUCGCCUAGGAAAGCACAGGUGUUCAUGCCUAUUGGAAUACAACGAGCGUACAAGAAUAAAGAUUUCUGUAGAUCACUUUGGUCAGCUGUAGUGAAUGGGUAUAGGGUAACGCUGUACAAUUGGAACGUAGAUGCGGAAGAUGAAUUUGAUACUCAUAAACCAAAAGUGACCAGUCUAUCAUCCAUACUAUCCUCCAGUCGACUCUUACAAUCUCUCGGUAUAUUCCCUCAAGAUCUCGUACUUCUCGUAGAUGCUAUAGAUGUGAUACUGCAAUUAUCACCUUCUGUCCUGAUAUCGCGAUAUAGUUUAAUUCCGGAAGGGCAGCAGGGGAAACCAAUAACGGCUGGAAGCUUCAAUUGUUAUCCUAAUGAAGCCAAUUCGUCCGCUUGUCUGGAUAUCCCCUCUAGUCCAAUGCCGAUUGACCUGUUCUAUUCUGACAGAGACAUAUUGAGAGAUUCUCAAUCUCGACUGCCUAUACAUGCAAAUAGCGGUCUGGUGUUAGGAAGUGUGCCCGAGAUGAGAUCGUUAUUCGGGAAACUCAAUGACACGCUGACAGGAGGAGAAUACCCAUAUCAGCCAGAUCAAGGUGUCUUCAAUAUUCAUCUUUCAAAGGGUGAUCUCAAAGUCGACAAUACACUCUCAAUGUUUUGGUGUGCCGAACACCUCACCAAUUCACUCACUCUUCUCUCUUCCACAGAUGCAAAAACAGUUGGAAAUAUGAUUUCAUCUUGGGACAAGUUCCAGUAUCCAUUCACCAUUUCACCCUCGGACUUACCCACUUCUCGACUAGUAGCGAAAGAUAAACGUACGAGCAAUAUACCUGUCGCACUGCAUUUCAAUGGGAUAGGGGCGAAACCCGGAUAUAAGGAGAUAUGGGAAAAGAUGUGGCCCUCGAUAGGUAGUGAGGAACAUAGGACUAUAUGGGAAGAGGAAAAAGUUAGGAUUGUAGUGGAUGAUAAGGUUGAAAAGAAGUCGGUCAGAGAUUUGUGCGGUUCACAAUUGGGAUAUAUAUGA